ACAGGAUUGUUUAGAUCAAGACUCUGAAAUUGAACAUACAAUUAUGAAACGACAAAUUUAUGGGGAAUGUGCAGCAUUAGGACGAAAGUUAGCAUCUUUGGCUUCUGAAUAUUGUAUAACACAUAUUGCAGCUACUUUACAAGGUUUAAUUCAACAAGUAGAACAAUCUACUUCUGCUUCUUUAAAUGCUGAAAAUCAAGAAAUGAUUCAGAAUCCAUUACAAAUUAAUACAAAAGGAAGGCCGGCUAAACGCUUAAAAUCAUGUGUGGAAAAUAUUUCAAAAAAUAGAGAAGGAAAAACCCGUUCUGGUGAUGGAUAUGUAUGUCGAAAUUGUCUUAAAGAUGGGCAUAAUUCAAGAAGUUGUGCUGCGCCAUGUAAAAGUUGUAAAGAAAUUGGGCAUACUUAUUUACAUUGUCCGAACAAAGAAAAUUCUUAA